AUGCUUAUAUUCAUUUUCUUCUUUCAAUUUCCCUUUCUUCUUUCUUUCUUUCUUCUUCUUCUUCUUCUUCUUCUUCUUUCGAUUUAUCUUUCUUUUAUUUUAUUUUCCCCUACUAUCUUUUUAUUCCCUAUCAUGAUCUUUUUUUCCGUUUGUAUUUCUUUCUUUAUUUCCUUUGUACUUUUUUUUUAUUUCUUUCUACUUUUUGACUUUUUCUCUUGUUGUUGUUGUUUCUCUUGUUCUUCCUCCUCCUCUUUUUCUUCUUAUUUUUCUCCUUUUUUCUCCUCUUUUUCAUCUCUUUCAAAUUCUCGAUUUCUUCUUCUUCUUCUUCUUCUUCUUUCCUCUUUUUUCAUCCAUUUCUCCUUUUCAACUUCUUUCUCCUCUUCUUUCUCCCCUCCUCUUCUUCUUUUUCUCCUUUUUCUAUCCUUUUUCCAUAUUUCUUCUUCUUCUUCUUCUUCUUCUUCUUCUUCUUCUUCCAUCACCUUUUUCCUCCUCCCCUUUUUUUUCUUCUUUUCCCUCCUCCUCCUCACUUCUUCUUUUUCCUUUUCUCAUUCUAUUCUCAUUUCUAUUCCCUUGUUCUUCUUCGUCCUCCUCCUUCACUUCUCCUCCUUGUAUCUUGUUUUUUCAUUUCUUUCUUUCUUUCUUUCUUUCUUUCUUUCUUCUUCUUCUUCUUCUCACUUUCCCCUCCUUUUUCUAUCCUUAACACUUUCUCAUCAUUGA